AUGAUAGCUGAAUCUGUGAAGACGCGUGGAGAAUUCAAAGGGCCAGUAAUUCAUUUAGUGGGUUGGAACACCAAUUAUGAAGACAGCGUAGUGUUGGGUCAGGCCGAGUUCUUUUCAACACAUUUAUCUAUCUAUCUAUCUAUCUAUCGUUCAGUUUCUUCAUUAUCUAUCUAUCUAUCUAUCUAUCUAUCUAUCUAUCUAUCGUUCAGUUUCUUCAUUAUCUAUCUAUCUAUCUAUCUAUCUAUCUAUCUAUCUAUCUAUCUAUCUCAUCUAUGCACAAAUCAUCCAUCUCUCAUCCUAUCUAUCUAUCUAUCUAUCUCCGUUUGUUCAUUAUCUAUUGAUCUAUCAUAUUUUCACUCUAUCUAUCUAUCUAUCUAUCUAUCAUAUUUUGUUCAUUAUCUAUUGAUCUAUCAUAUUUUCAUAUCUAUCUAUCUAUCUAUCUACAUCAGUUUGUUCAUAAUCUAUUUAUCUAUUAUAUCUAUCUAUCUAUCUAUCUCAGUUUGUUCAUUAUCUAUUUAUCUCAGUUUGUUAAUUAUCUAUAUAUCUAUCAUAUGUUCAUAUCUAUCUAUCUAUCUAUCUAUCUAUCUAUCUAUCUAUCUAUCUCAGUUUGUUCAUUAUCUAUUUAUCUAUCAUAUGUUCAUAUCCAAACUAUUGCAGUAA